AUGUCUCUUAAGCAAUCAGGUAACCAAACUCUUCUUUUGGUCCAAAAGAACCCCAAUCAAGAAUCGAGAACCUUCUAUGAUUUUAAAACACUUGAUAAGUGCAUCGAGUUUAUCGUAAAAACUUAUGAGGAUCAAUUAAGGAUUGAAAGGCCAGACAGGAUUACUUUUACUUACUCCCCUAAAAAUUAGCUAAAAAUUUAAUAAGAAAUUCAAAUAUAAUUAAUAAUUAUUAUAACGAGAUUUCUAUUUGCAUUCAAUAGUUAAAUUACUAAAAUAAAAAAUUUUUCUUAUCAAAUAUGAAACAAUUUUUUUAAAACAAUUAAUCUUCCCUUUGAAUACAGAGCCAUCAAAUCUUUUUUGCUCUUAAAGGGGAGCUAUGAUCUUAGCGAGCUCUACGACUACAUUGAAGGUAUUCCUGAAAUUAUCUGCUUGGUGUUCGCUGAAGAAACAAGAACAUUUGCUCCUCAUAACAAAGACUGGAUAAAAAGCAAGGUGUACAAGUUCUUAAAUAAGCAAAUCACACCUAUACAGAUUCCUCAAUAA